GCUUUAGAAAGAAACUACACCGUUCCUUCGGAAACAUAAUACUAAAGAUUUAAAUAUCGACUCCACUAGCUAUAUAUAAUACUUGAUCCAAUAAUACAAAUAAUAAAUUAUAACUAGUUUGUUUUAAUUAUUUUUCCCAUUAAUCUUUUGAUUAAAACUUCGAGUCGUCAGAAGAAUUUUUUAAAUCUAUUCCGAGUUUUGUUAAGUUUCUUAAAUUCCCAAAUCAUAUAUCAAUUUAAUAAUGAUUGGCAGCAGGCCUUCAUCAGUAUCCUCUGGUCUUUCUAGAAACGUCAAAGAUGUAUUUAUUUUCUCUUUAAAAUCAUUUUAUGCCUUUAUUUAUUGUAAAUCUUUUAAGGUUCCCGAUAAUAGCCUUGAAUUUCUUCCUUCAGAAGGUAAGAAUGACUAUACUAAGUAUAAUCUUUUAAUUCGUUGUGCUUAGAUGGUCGACCAGCUUUAUCAAGAGAGUCGUCAACAGCCUCGAUUGGCUCUCGUCCGCUGAGUUCAGGCACCAAAAAAACAUUGACACCCGUUAAAAAAAUCGAUAUGCAAGCAGUUAAGAGAAAACCCGAGCAAACAUUUUUUAACACUAUUCAGAAUCCUAUAGACAUUCCUACAUUGGUGAGGAAAUCUUCAAAUACAUCAAAUUCUGACAAACCUGAAGUUAAUGCAAAGCAAGCUUGGGCUGAAGAAUCUACACAAAUAUCUGAUAAAUCUAAGGAGAAUAAAACUGAUAUUGGUUCAAUGGGAAAUGAGGAUGAAGAUAGCGAAGAUACAGAAAGUAGCUCUGAAGAAGAGGAACAAGGAGCUCCAGAAGAAUUGAAAAUGGAGUUCUUGACCUGUCUAAUGUCAAAGGAUUAUGAUAAUGCUACGAAACUGUGCAAAAUGAUUCUUAUUUACGAACCAAAUCAUGAGGAUGCUCUUGAAUUUCAAAAAUUGAUUUUAGAAAAAAUUGAACUGGAUGCUGAGGAGUUAGAGUCAUCGGAUAGUUGUGACAGUGACGAAGACACUAGCGGUAGUGAUAGUGAAAGUAAUAACAGUAGCGAGGGCGAAGAAGAAAAAGAGGAAAAGACCGACGAAAAAAUAGUAAAUUUUAACGAGAAAACUUUCAUGACAGAAAACUUAAGUUAACUUGUUGAAGAAUUUUAUUAAUUUUAAUGAUUGUAUAAACUCUUUAAUUUGUUUUCGUUUUUUCUAUAUUUUUUUCAGUAGCUUUUAAAUCCAAUCGAAUUUAAUUCUUUAUGAUUCAAAUUCGAGUUAUUCAGAAUCAUUCUGCCGUCCAUGCCGAUCUGUAUUAAAGAUAUAUUAUUGUUUGUUCGUUUUAAAAUAAAUUACUGCCUAAUAAUAAGUAAAUCAGUACCAACAGUGAUUUCAUGAGAAUCAUCACGGCGAGUGAAGGUAA